CAUAUGAUCGAAUUGAAUGGUCUUGUAUAGAACAAACAAUGCUUCAGAUGGGGUUUGAUCCCAGGUUUGUGAAAUGGAUCAUGGCUUGUGUGUCUACUGUCUCUUUUUCUUUUAUUAUUAAUGGUGGAUGUUCUGGUUUGGUGAAUGCUCAGAGAGGUCUUAGACAGGGAGACCCGUUGUCUCCCUAUCUAUUCAUUCUGGUUUCUGAGAUCUUAUCUGCUAUGAUUACUGAUAAGGUGGAGAGAGGGGCUUUCAGGGGAGUUUCUGUGGCUAGGGGUGCCCCAGUUCUUUCACAUCUCCUAUUUGCUGACGACUCCUUGGUUUUUUGUAAAGCUGAUAAAUACCAGGCUCAGUUGCUAUUAUCUAUUCUCUCUAGAUAUCAAAACUUCUCGGGGCAAAAAGUUAAUACAGCAAAAUCCUCCAUAUUCUUUAGCAAGAACACUAGUGCUGCAACUCAGAGGGAAGUUUGUGCUGUUUUUCCUGGGAUUCAAAUUCAGAGAUCAACUAGGUAUCUGGGCAUGCCUCUGGGGAUUGGCAAAUCGAAGAAAGAGGUCUUUGGCUUUGUGACAGAGGCAGUAAGGAAGAAGGUAGUCAGCUGGAAGAACAAAUUUCUUACUGCAGCAGGGAGGAAA